CAAGGUGGUUAAACGGGGAAAGUAGGGUGAAGAGGGAGAGGCGGCGGCGGUGGCGGCUUGUUGAAGAAUCUAAAAGUAAAAUCGGAAUGGCCAGUACUAUCACUCAUCCAAGUCACGUCUUUUUGAGAGCAGAGAGGGGAGACGCCAUGCGCAGGACGAGGUAUGAAGUAGUGAGACACUGAGCGAAGAUGGCGUAUAUACAGGACAGUUGGAACCAAUAAACCAGGGGUUUCUGUCCAGAAUAUCAGAUUUUCUUCUGUGCAGAUGGACUUGCAGGAAGUGUUGUCAAAAGUGCUAUGACUGCAGUUGCUGUCAGUCCAGUGAGGAUGAAGUGGAGAUUUUAGGACCGUUUCCUGCACAGACUCCGCCGUGGUUAAUAAAUGAUCGUAGCAAUGAUCGAGAAACAGAUGUCAAGAAUAUUAACAGUGAUCCUCCACCAAGUCCCCAAGGGAUGUCACCUGACAGAAAGAGUUCCUCAGGCACAUCACGAUCUACGUACAGCCUCACAAGACGGAUUUCAAAUCUCGAGUCCAUCAGGCGACCAAGCUCCCCUCUGGUUGAUAUCAAGCCUAUUGAGUUUUGGACAAUAGGAUCUAAGAAGGAAAUAGUGCAACCAAAGGUAUUCCGAAAGCCCACGUCCGAGGACUAUUUUCAAAAAUUCGAGCCUAGGCUCUACUCUGUUGAUUCAAGCAGUGAUGAUGUAGACUCUUUGACUGAUGAAGAAAUUCUGUCCAAAUAUCAGCUUGGCAUGCUUCAUUUCAGUACUCAGUAUGAUCUCCUACACAACCACUUGAUAGUGAGAGUGAUUGAAGCCAGAGAUCUCCCUCCCCCGAUCUCAUAUGAUGGUUCAAGACAAGAUAUGGCUCAUUCAAAUCCUUAUGUUAAGAUGUGCCUCUUACCAGAUCAGAAGAACUCAAGACAAACAGGUGUUAAACGCAAAACACAGAACCCAGUUUUUGAGGAGCGCUAUACAUUUGAAAUCCCAUUCUUGGAAGCUCAGAGGAGGACUCUCCUUUUAACAGUUGUGGAUUUUGAUAAGUUUUCACGCCAUUGUGUCAUUGGAAAAGUUGCAAUGCCCUUAAAUGAAGUAGACCUUGUGAAAGGUGGACAUUGGUGGAAAGCACUAAUUCCAAGCUCUCAGAAUGAAGUUGAACUAGGGGAACUAUUGAUCUCUCUUAAUUAUUUGCCAAGUGCGGGAAGACUAAAUGUGGAUAUUAUUAGAGCAAAACAACUCCUUCAGACAGAUAUGAGCCAAGGAUCAGAUCCAUUUGUUAAAGUUCAGCUGGUGCAUGGAUUGAAACUGGUAAAAACAAAAAGAACAUCUUGCAUGAAGGGCACCAUAGAUCCAUUCUACAAUGAAUCUUUCAGUUUUAAAGUUCAAUCAGAAGAAUUGGAAGAUAUCAGCUUAGUUUUUACAGUCUAUGGUCACAACAUGAAAAGCAGCAAUGAUUUUGUUGGUCGGAUUGUCAUUGGUCAGUACUCCACAGGUGCACCUGAGUCCAAUCACUGGCGUCGCCUUCUGAACCUACACCGGACCUCAUCUGAGCAAUGGCAUAGUCUGCGUUCACGUGCUGAGUGUGACCGUGUCUCCUCGGCAUCACUGGAAGUAACGUGAUGGAAUUCUCUCACCUACUCCCACCAGGUUGAAGCUUGCUGGUGUUACUACCGGAUGGAUAAAGAAAAGGCAGUAUUAGGUCACGCACCUUGGCAAAGAGAAAUAAAAGCUUCUUUGACUUGUAAUCUUAAAAGUAAAAACUAUGCGGCAUUAAACAAAUAUAUUAGUAAAUUAAUUUUGAAGUGCUAACAAAAUGAUUCGUAAUGGCCCAUAUUGUUAACAUGCUGUCAUAAGCCAGUAGUGCAAGAAAUAACUGAUUUAAGGUGAACUUGGCUGUCCCUAUUGUACGUUUAAAAAGAUCAGUGUGAGCUUUCUUGGUGUAAGUAGUGAAAUAGUUUAGAUUUGAAUUUUCUUGAUGGGGCUCAUAUUUGUGGAAGCCAUCAAUAGCUGAAGGAUUACUCUUACGUGGAUAUGACUAUAUUAUCUCCAGUGCUGUAUUUCUUUCCACCAUGCUUAUCAAUAAUCAGAGGCUGCUAUCGCUAGAUUAUUGAUAUGUUAGAUAGAUAUUUGAACACAUUAUUGUUGUAAUGAUGAGCUGAGAUUCAUAGAACUGUUGCAUAAAUUGUGCAGAGCAGCUGUGAGCACUUGUAUUCCUAAUGUCAGGACUUCCUGCUAUUAAUAUUUUGGUAGAAUAAUAUAUUGAUGCAACAUAUUUACAGAGUCUUGUGUGUUGGGUAUAUGAUAUUUGAGUCUUUAAUGAAAGAUGUAUGGAUAUAAUUCUAAUUAUACAGUCAGAAGGUUGCUAGUAAUAAACUAUUGACAUCUGUGUUUUAAUAGAUGCUUCAUUGCAAAUUUAGAGCAUAUUGUUUUGGUUCAGAGUAUAUAUUCCAAAUAAAGCAAAUGUAGAGAUGUAAUGCA